AUGAUACCGAAAAUAUCGAUAUAUCGUAAAGUAACGAUAUAUCGAAAAGUACCGAUAUAUCGAAAAGUACCGAAAAGAUAUCGAAAAUAUCGAAAAGAUAUCGAAAAGUGCCGAAAAGAUAUCCAAAAGUACCGAAAAGAUAUCCAAAAGUACCGAAAAGAUAUCGAAAAGUACCGAAAAGAUAUCGAAAAGUACCGAAAAGAUAUCGAAAAGUAUCGAAAAGAUAUCGAAAGGUAUCGAAAAGAUAUCGAAAAGUAUCUAUAUAUAAUGAAAAUAUCGAUAUAUAAUGAAAAGUAUCGAAAAGAUAUCGAUAAGUAUCGAAAAGAUAUCGAUAAGUAUCGAAAAGAUAUCGAUAAGUAUCGAAAAGAUAUAGAUAAGUAUCGAAAAGAUAUCGAUAAGUAUCGAAAAGAUAUCGAAAAGUAUCGAAAAGACAUCGAAAAGUAUCGAAAAGAUAUCGAAAAGAUAUCGAAAAGUAUCGAAAAGAUAUCGAAAAAUAUCGAAAAGUACCGGAAAGAUAUCGAAAAGUACCGAAAAGAUAUCGAAAAGUACCGAAAAGAUAUCGAAAAGUACCGAAAAGAUAUCGAAAAGUACCGAAAAGAUAUCGAAAAGUACCGAAUAGAUAUCGAAAAGUACCGAAAAGAUAUCGAAAAGUACCGAAAAGAUAUCGAAAAGUACCGAAAAGAUAUCGAAAAGUACCGAAAAGAUAUCGACAAGUACCGAAAAGAUAUCGACAAGUACCGAAAAGAUAUCGACAAGUACCGAAAAGAUGUCGACAAGUACCGAAAAGAUAUCGAAAAGUACCGAAAAGAUAUCGAAAAGUAUCGAAAAGAUAUCGAAAAGUAUCGAAAAGAUAUCGAAAAGUAUCGUAAAGAUAUCGAAAAGUAUCGAAAAGAUAUCGAAAAGUAUCGAUGUAUCGAUAAUAUCGAAAAGAUAUCGAAAAGUAUCGAAAAGUAUCGAAAAGAUAUCGAAAAGUAUCGAAAAGAUCGAAGAAAAGAUAUCGAAAAAAAAGAUAUCGAAAAGUACCGAAAAUAUAUCGAAAAGUACCGGAAAGAUAUCGAAAAGUACCGAAAAGAUAUCGAAAAGUACAGAAAAGAUAUCGAAAAGUACCGGAAAGAUAUCGAAAAGUACCGAAAAUAUAUCGAAAAGUACCGAAAAGAUAUCGAAAAGUACCGAAAAGAUAUCGAAAAGUACCGAAAAGAUAUCGACAAAGAUAUCGAAAAGUACCGAAAAGAUAUCGACAAGUACCGAAAAGAUAUCGACAAGUACCGAAAAGAUAUCGAAAAGUAUCGAAAAGAUAUCGAAAAGUAUCGAAAAGAUAUCGAAAAGUAUCGUAAAGAUAUCGAAAAGUAUCGAAAAGAUAUCGAAAAGUAUCGAUAUAUCGAUAAGUAUCGAUAUAUCGAUAAGUAUCCAUAUAUCAAUAAGUAUCCAUAUAUCGAUAUAUCGAUAAAUAUCGAUAAGUACCGAAAAGAUAUCGAUAAGUACCGAAAAGAUAUCGAAAAGUACCGAAAAGAUAUCGAAAAGUAUCGAAAAGAUAUCAAAAAGUAUCGAAAAGAUAUCGAAAAGUAUCGAAAAGAUAUCGAAAAGUAUCGAAAUGAUAUCGAAAAGUAUCGAAAAGAUAUCGAAAAAUAUCGAAAAGUACCGAAAAGAUAUCGAAAAGUAUCGAAAAGAUAUCGAAAACUAUCGAAAAGAUAUCGAAAAGUAUCGAAAAGAUAUCGAAAAUAUCGAAAAGAUAUAGAUAAGUAUCGAAAAGAUAUCGAUAAGUAUCGAAAAGAUAUCGAAAAGUAUCGAAAAGACAUCGAAAAGUAUCGAAAAGAUAUCGAAAAGUAUCGAAAAGAUAUCGAAAAGUAUCUAUAUAUAUCGAAAAGUAUCUAUAUAUAUCGAAAAGUAUCUAUAUAUAAUGAAAAGUAUCGAUAUAUAAUUAAAAUAUCGAUAUAUAAGUACCGAAAAGAUAUCGAAAAGUACCGAAAAGAUAUCGAAAAGUACCGAAAAGAUAUCGAAAAGAACCGGAAAGAUAUCGAAAAGUACCGAAAAGAUAUCGAAAAGUACCGAAAAGAUAUCGAAAAGUACCGAAAAGAUAUCGAAAAGUACCGAAAAGAUUUCGAAAAGUACCGAAAAGAUUUCGAAAAGUACCGAAAAGAUAUCGAAAAGUACCGAAAAGUUAUCGAAAAGUACCGAAAAGAUAUCGACAAGUACCGAAAAGAUAUCGACAAGUACCGAAAAGAUAUCGAAAAGUACCGAAAAGAUAUCGAAAAGUACCGAAAAGAUAUCGAAAAGUACCGAAAAGAUUUCGAAAAUUACCGAAAAGAUAUCGAAAAGUAUCGAAAAGAUAUCGAAAAGUAUCGAAAAGAUAUCGAAAAGUAUCGUAAAGAUAUCGAAAAGUAUCGAAAAGAUAUCGAAAAGUAUCGAUGUAUAGAUAAGUAUCGAUAUAUCGAUAAAAAAGGUAUCGAAAAGUACCGAAAUGAUAUCGAAAAGUACCGGAAAGAUAUCGAAAAGUACCGAAAAGAUAUCGAAAAGUACCGAAAAGAUGGUUAUCACAUUUAG